UUUUCCAGAACGCAAAAAUGCGUCACGCUUUCGACGACAGAAGCAGAGUACGUCGCGCUAGGCGACGUAGUGAAGGAGAUUUUGUUUUUGAGGCAGAUUUGGCGUUUCAUGUUGCCGCAGGUCGGCAUGCCGUGCAUCCCCGUCUUCGAGGACAACCAGGGGGCGAUUCAACUAGCGCAGAACCCCAUCUCAAACUCGAACUCGAAGCACAUUGAUGUAAGGCACCAUUUUCUCAGGGAACUGGUAGAGAGGAAGGAGAUUUCGGUGAUUCACGUGCCGUCUCCGUACCAGCGUGCAGACUUUCUUACGAAAAGUUUGCCCAAGGAUGCGUUCGAGUCUCACCGUGAUUUUGUGAUGCAUUUGGCAUGA